CUUGCCAUUUGUAUGGAGGGAACCACAGAAACAAUCAUCUCUCUCUCAGUUUGGAAAAAAAUACUAGCAAGUAAAGAGCCAGGGAGCUUCCAGGUGCUUUGCCCCCAGUUAAAAGCCCAGUAAGGAGGACCUCUCCCUGCCUAAAGUCAGAGGAGUGACUGCUUAGUAAGGUUGAGUACCCUGCCUCUCUCUCUCCCUCUCUCUCUCUCUCCCCCUCUCUCCCUCCUACUUUCCACCCUGAACAGAGAUUCAGAAGGUGCGUCUGAAAUCUACUUGUAUCCAGCCUGGAGAUCAACACCACAAGGACCUUUCACUUCACUGCGAAAGCACAUGGACUUAAUUUUCAGCAGAGACAGCAAUAACAGCAAAUGCCACACAGGCACCUGCCAAUAAGAACUACGGCUUUCUCUCAUAUUUAGAUUUUUUCUUCUGGGCGCAUGUAAACAAUAUUUGACUGUGACUGAGUGCCAAGGCAUAGCCGAGACUUUUCUGUCCAUUACGUUUUUGUUGUUUCUCAAGAGAUGAAUCUCUGAAGACGAGACCCACCUGCAGAAAUUACCUGCCUGAGACAUUUAAACUGAGAUUCUUCCUCAAGGGUGAGUUUGAAGCUUGUGACCACAGAGGCCAAUGACAAUGUUGGCACUGCUCUGUGUCCUGUUAACUUUGGGGAAACAUGCCCUGGGUGGAGGUUACGCCCCCAUGCCACAGAUGAAAUACAUGCAGCCCAUGAUGAAGGGGCCGGUUGGUCCACCAUUCAGAGAAGGAAAGGGCCAGUAUCUUGACUUUCCACCAAUGAUGGAUGUAAAAGGGGAGCCAGGUCCUCAAGGGAAACCAGGGCCAAGGGGACCACCUGGGCCUCCUGGAUUACCAGGGAAACCCGGAUUAGGAAAACCUGGUCUAAAUGGUCAGCCAGGUCCACAAGGGCCAUCAGGAUUCCCUGGAAUCGGAAAGCCUGGCCUACCAGGUUUACCAGGAAAAAUAGGGCCUAAAGGACCACCAGGACUCAAUGGGGAGGGUGGUCUUCGUGGAGAGCCAGGUCCACGAGGACUGCCAGGUCAGCCAGGCCCGCCUGGGCCUGCAGGUCUGUCAUUGAAUGGGAAACCAGGGUUACCUGGGACAAGAGGCCCACCCGGUUCAAGAGGUGAACCAGGACCUAAAGGAUUCAAUGGUAGUCCUGGAGAACGAGGGCCACAAGGCGAAAAUGGCAAUGGCAAGCCUGGUCUGCCUGGUCCCAGGGGGCCCAAUGGCCUUCCGGGACCUCCAGGAGCUCCUGGUGUCCCUGGGUUGGGUAAACCAGGGAUUGAUGGGUUACCCGGACAACCUGGGCCAAAGGGAGAUAAAGGACUUCCAGGGGAACAAGGUGUCCCUGGAGAGGCUGGUCUUCCUGGACUUCAAGGACAGCCUGGGCAACCUGGCUUAGGAAAGCCUGGGAAUGAUGGUGUACCAGGUAGUCCAGGCUCAUUGGGGCCAAAAGGUGAACCCGGCACUAGAGGACAACCCGGGUUUCCUGGACCUCCUGGCUAUGGUAAACAAGGGCUUGCUGGACAAAAAGGUGACAGAGGUCUUGCUGGAUUACCAGGAGCACCUGGUGACAAAGGUGAACCUGGAUUGGAGGGCAUACCAGGAGGUGUGGGGCCAGCUGGACAGCAAGGGCCUCCAGGUCCACAAGGCCCUAUGGGUCUUCCAGGAAAACAUGGCAUACCAGGUCCAAAGGGUGAGCUUGGCCCACAAGGGCCCCCAGGCUUGCCAGGACUCAGAGGAGAUCAGGGUCCCAGUGGUCUAGCAGGAAAACCAGGCCUAGCAGGGGACAAGGGCCUUCCUGGUCUCAAUGGAGCCGCAGGAAAGCCAGGGCCUAAAGGUGAACCAGGUCACAUUGGUUUGCCAGGUAAUCCUGGUUUGAUUGGAGGACCAGGUCCAAAAGGUGAGAAUGGAUUCCCAGGACCCCCUGGGCCACGUGGUACAUCAGGAAUUCCUGGUCUUCCAGGCCCAACUGGUCACAUGGGACCACAAGGUGUUCCAGGGUUGAAAGGUGAACUAGGUCCACCAGGGCCCCAAGGAAUUGGAAAACCUGGAGACAAGGGGUUGCCUGGUCCACAAGGACCUCCAGGAAAACCUGGCUCUCCUGGACUUAAUGGUGUGCAGGGCCUUCCAGGUCCACCUGGACCUCCUGGGCCCCCUGGCCAAUCUAAUGGUCAGGAGACAGCAGUUCAAGGGCCAAGUAUUGAAGGUGGAACCAUUCCAGGUGGUGAGAAACCACAAUUUGGUCAAGCUGUGCUCUCCGCCAGUGUGGCUCCUGCUUUUACAGCCAUUCUGACUAAACCAUUUCCACCAUCUGGAAUGCCCAUCAAAUUUGACAGAAUUCUCCACAAUGGGCAAAACGCUUACAACCCUGCCACUGGCAUCUUCACAAGCCCAAUUCCUGGAAUCUACUAUUUUGCUUAUCAUGUACAUGUAAAGGGAACCAGCCUGUGGGUGGCACUGUACAAAAACAAUGUGCCAGCCACAUACACCUAUGAUGAAUACAAGAAGGGCUAUAUGGACCAGGCAUCAGGUAGUGCAGUACUGGAGCUGAAAGAAAAUGACCAGGUUUGGUUGCAGAUGCCCUCUGACCAAGCAAAUGGCCUCUACUCCACUGAGUACAUCCAUUCGUCCUUCUCAGGGUUUCUCCUGUGCCCCACAUAACAGUCCAUCUUACCUGUGAAGUCCUUGCUUAAGUGCCUUGCAGUAACAUCUAGCAACUAGAUGACAGGAAAGACUUACUGAACGACACAGAGGAUGGAGAAAGUUCAAAACAGGGGAGCCUCCCUGUUAUAACUCUCUCUUUCAACUAUCUGAUUUGAUCAUUGUUUUUCUUUUAAAUGUUGUUAUUUUCUGCCUAUAUUAUAAUUUUAUUAUAACUGUUAUAUUAUUUUUGUUGAUGUUGUUAUAUUAUGGUGUUAUUUUAUUGAUGUUGUUGUUGUAGUUGCUGUUGUUUAUUGGAAUCAGACUUAAGUACUUUGCAAUGCGUAAGUAACCAGUUUAAGACUUACCCAUGUGACUGCACACUUUGCCAAAUGACUCCCAUUGAGCUCCAUCACAUUGACUCUGGGGUUAUCUUUUCCCCUAGUUGCAGUCAUAUUUACAUCAAACCCCUUUCAUUUUUCCUUCAUGUACCACUUGAUCAGUGCAACAUUUUAGAUUUCAAACAUUUGUUCAAACAUUGUUUGUACUCAGUACAUUCACCAGUAAUGUAAAGAAAAAAUCUCUGUUUAAUAUUGUUUUUCUUAUUAAUGCCAGACAGGUGAAUCUGUUUAGUGAUAUAUUUUGUUUGAUUUACUGUGUUAAAGCGAUGAUGACUGUGUGCUGUGUUAUCUGUUUCUGUGACAAAACAUUGUGUUCAGAAAAGUAAAAAAAUUACUUGAUUUUAAAGAUUUCAUUGUUGAAAACAUAAAUCAAUACUGGUCCCGAAAGAGGACUACAAUAUAACAGUGCCUGUAUUUACAAAUAUGCAAUUUCUGUGACUUUCAUACUGUUUAAAAUCACCAAAAUUAAUGCAAAUUAUAUAGGAUACCUACCGUACAUGGAUGGUAAGGGACUACUAGUAGAUUAAGAAAACAUGACAACAUGAUUCUGAUGUUUUGUAACAAUGCAAAGUAUUGAGAUUGAAUACUUAAAAUAUUUUUUACAUACAUCAUAUUUCACAUUACUGCAUCUGAAUUUUAAUGGCAUAUUGACUUCUAUUCACAUAUAAUACAUGAUUAACACGUCAAAAUCAGCCUAAACAAUUAUGUAUUAUAUAUUUAUGAGGUAACAUCAUUUAGAACAUCAUUUAAAAGCUUUUCUUCUUGAAAGAUAAAUACAUAUCACAUCAACAUGAUUGUCAAAUAUUGUCCUUUAAUUCCCAUUAGAAAGACCAAAUGAAACAACAGUGCACUCAAUCUUUUUCCAUACACACAUUUAUAUGACACAUUUGUUGCUUAAAAUGGAGAUUUCAUUCACUUGUAUUAUGUAUAGGUAACAGUUGUUUCCUAUUUCAAUUUUCACUUAUAGCAAAUGGGGUGCAUUUUAUGACUUCCAUAUUAACACUGUGAUGGAUAUUUUCUACAAUAAGUGGACAUUGUUUGUGUGCAAUGGAUUAAGGAUUUUUACAAUUAAUUAUUCUAACAGUAUAUCUCAAAAUUGCUUUGACCAUGGUGCUUCUUUUUGAUGUUCAAAACAAACUGGGAUAAAAGCCUUAAUUCUGUUAGGGAUAUUUGAUCAUUAUCAAUUAUCAAAUUUAAGGAAACAACCAAUCCCAUUUGCACAUGAACUUAAUAAAGGCGUAUUUGUGAUAGUCCCAUACAAAAGUCCAGCCACCGAAACCCUAAACAUAAAACUAAUCUUAUAUUUAACAGUAUUGAGGAGUUAGGAGCAUGUAGUCAACAUGCUACCGUUGUUUUUCUUUUUGUGUAAUGUAUCUAUCAAUCUAUAGGACAUUAUGUCUUCUACGUGGCUAUUGCAUUUACAUUAUGCAAUCCAUUUUAGGGUAUUAAAAUGCACUCUUUUGAUUGAACAUAUUUUGUCAGCUUGUACGAAAUCUGCAAGCAGUACUGUACUGAUGCAACAUCAAUAAAGAUUUUCUUGAUCAA